AUCAUUUCAUCAACAAAAUUUAUCAGAGAAUUCCUUUGUCCAAAAAAUUAAGAAAAUUGGUACUUAAGAUGGCAUAUUAUGGUGGUGGAGGGGGCUAUAGGCCGCCUAAGGUAAACUAUCUUCCUAACAUUGAUUCAAAUUUGCUGGCUACGGUCCGAGAUGAGAUGAAUCGAAAAGAAGAAGAGAAGAGAGAACAACAAAGGAAAAGAGAGGCCGAUAGCAGAAAAGUUGCCUAUUAUCUUACACAGCUACAGGCUAUGGUUAGAGAACUACCUGGGAACUCCAAGAGUAAACUGACCUUUGACAUACUUUCUGCAAUUGCAACAUCUCUUCUUGAUGGAACUGUGUUUGACAUUGUCAGAGGUCUAGAAGAUAUUCAACAGCUCACUGAAAGAAACCUGCUGAACAAGAGAAUGAAGCUUGUCAAUUCACAUAAGGCUCAGAGAAUGGAAAUGACCAAAAGACACAAUAAAAGCAUUGAAGAUUGUCAACAAAGACCUCACAAUUUACCAGUGGUUGAAAGAGACAAUUUAGAAGAAAAACAGAAACUAGAGGCAAAGCUUGACAACGAGAUGAUGCAGUUGGAUCAAAAAUUAGUCCUGGAAUUAGACCAGAUUGUCUGCGACCAACAAGCAACUUUUGAGAGAGCAGGGGUACCUUUGUUUUUCGUCACAAAUAAUCCAGAGGACACAAGAAUUCAAAUGCACAUCUUGGAAUUUAUACAGAGACUAAUGCCCUCGAGCUAAAGAGAUUUUACUUGGCCCAUGUAAAAAAGUUGUAACAAAUUAUUAGUGACUAACAGUCAAAGAAAAACAAAAGAAAACAAUGGAAUUAUUAUCUAUGCCAAUGCAUUAUGCUUACAUUUUUUUCAAGGGCAUAGUAAAAUUGCUUUAGAAAUAUAAAUGACUAAAAAAUUCAAAUUAACACAAAAAUAGAUUGUCUUUUAUUUCAAGUACGAUAAUGUAAGGUGACAUUAUUGUUAAAUACAAAUAUUGCAAGCUGGUACUAUAUAAUGGUUGUGAUAUAUUCAUUUUAUCCUACAAUACUGUAAAAACAGCCAAAUUGUAUAUUUGGGGGUAUUCCAGUGCUGUUUUUUUUUUUUUUUUGCAUCAAGCGUCGUUAUCUUCCAUUUUAUAACUAAAUGCCUCAGUAUUUUGUGUAGUAUACAAUAGUUAUGCAAUGCUUUAUUAUGGCACACCCUGGAAUAUCCCAUUUGUCGCUUGUAUUUUCAUAGUAUGCUAUGGAAUAUUCCAUGGUAGGAUACUCUAAUUACUGUAUUAUAUAUUGUAUAUUAUUUUUAAAUUGUAAAAAUUAUUGUAAACUAAUAAACUAAAUCAUUGUAAAUCUAACUCCCUAGAUGAGCUUCCUAGUUCUUGUAGAGAAUGAGGAAAAAAUAUAGUUAAAUAAAGAAGCAAAAUAAUUAUUAACAAGUCAAAGCAUAAGAACGGCUUUAUGCGAGAUAGGAUACAAUGACAGAUAAAUAAAGAAAACAAAAGAAUAUGCCCAAAUUAAGAAAAACAGUCUAUUAUAUGGAUUUCCAAUGCUUUGGUUUUUAAAAUAAGAACAUUUUACGAAUAUGAAAGUUAUAGAAGCAGACUAAAAGGAGUUUGUCUAACUACGUAAACGUAGCAAAUUUUUGGCAUAAAAUAAAAUUUCAAGAAAUUAUAAAUAUUUGCAUGUGACGUUAAAGCAACUUGAUCUGGGGGACAAAACAAAAGAAUUCCAAUCUCCUGAGAAUUGGAACCUAUUGUUUUGUCCCACAGAUUGAGCUGUAUUCCAAAGUGCUGCAAUGGGUCUAUAGACUUUUUAUCUGGGCAAAGAGUGAUUUUAUUUGGCUUGUGAAAUAAUGUUGUAUAAUUAGUAACUAACAGUCCAAGUAAAGCCAAAAAAAGCAAAGGAAUCAGUGUCUACUAAUUUGUAUUACUUUGAUUAUUCUUUCACGGUAUGAGAAUAAAUUUCUUUGUUUAAGUUCUAUCCAUAUUCUCAAAAAUAAUGCAACUGUUAAACAAAAAGUAAUACCUGUUGAUACCUUAGAAAAUGGCGUGGUUUGAAAUGGGAAAAUAUUGUGCCUAAGCUAAAAAGCUUUAUUAGUACAGAUUUUUAAUGCUUAUUUGAUUCUCCAGGCUCUAAUAACAUAACUUACACCUUCUUUAGCUACAUGUACUGAAUUAUGUAGUUCUAAUAAAAUAAUUUUAUUAAUAA